AACUAGUUAGUAGGCCUUGACAGUUCAUUCGAUACGAUAUUAGUAACAACACGCAUUCAUAUACUUUUAUAUUUUCAUACAAGUCUUCUUACGAUUCUAUUUCUGAGUAAUUAUAAUAAAAGCGAAAUAUGGCUUCAUCGCAAUACCCAGAUCCAAAGAAAGUUAAGACUUUGUACCAAAAGCCGGAUUUUCUGAGUGAUUCAUCAUCGUUGGAUAGCAGCUCGUCUGAUGAGGACAGCCCUCAACGUAACUGGGAAAAGCUUAAUGAUGAAUAUUUCAGAACACGUAAACACAAGACUUAUGAAGAGAAAAAAAAAGCGAAAGAAAUGAAAUUAAAAAGAAAGGCAGAACUUGAGGAGAUAAAAAGAAGAAAUGAAAGCAUGGAAGCAAAACAACUCGCUAAAAUGCCCUGGAGUAUGAGACUGGAAAUGUUGAGAAGAAAAGCAGUAAGAGCAAAGGAAUUAAAAAAACAGGAAGAACUUGAGGCGGAAAGAAGAAGAAACCAAAGGGCUGAAAGGAAGGCUGAAAGAGAAAAGCAAAGGCAAUUAGAAAGAGAGAGAGAACUCGGGAAGAUAACCACAAGACAACAAGUUAGGGCUGAAAUAGAAAGACGAAUGAAAUUAGAAAGAGAGAAAGAACUUGAGGAGGAAAAAAGAAUAAACCAAAUGCGGGAAAAAGAGAGAAAAAUGAAAUUAGAAAGAGAGAAAGAAAUUGAGGAGACAAACAGAAGAAACCAAAUUAAGGCUGAAAGAGAAAAACAAAUGAAAUUAAAAAGAGAAAAAGAACUUGAGGAGAUUAACAGAAGAAACCAAAUGCGGGAUGAAAGAAUACAUGCUCAACGACAGAGGGAAGAUAUUGAAGAAAAUAACAGAAACUAUUCCUUUAGAAAAAAUGCCCCCAAGCAUUAUGAAAAUGAAAAUUAUGAGAGAGAGAAGAUGAACCAAGAAAAUAGACCACACAUACAAAUGUCUGAAGAAAUAUACUGUUCUACGAAGAGUAGCGGUAGCGAUAUUGUAGUUCAUAUAACAAGAAAGAAGCCUCAGGAAAAUAGUAGUAAGCUGCCCUAUCAUAUGGAAACUGAUAAGCAUAUCGUGGAGGUGUACAAGAAAAGGUGUUUAGUUGCUGAAGCAAAACCUCGUAUUAAAAAAGAUGAAACAGAUGUUGAAGUGCUGUACCGGAACGCAAACUUCGUUGCUGAUUCAAUGGGUAACAUUACUGCCACUCGCACAAAGGUGACAGCCAAUGGCGAGAUAAAAACUGAUCCUGUGCAAGGAUUCAAGUCGCGCCACAUAAACGCCGAUCCCACGUUGCCCAGUCUCCGGGAGCGCACUUCCAAGUCGAAAAAUACUGAUCUCUACGAUCUGUCCCUACUGCUCCAGGAAAAUGAGAAGCCACCGCGCAAAAAAGAGAGGCGUCCUAAAACGCCUAGAGGCUAUGAUGGUGAAAGGGUUCCUAACAGAAAGCAAACUGAAUGCAAAAAGGAUGAUAUUGAGGCCCAAGAAAAGGUUCAAAAACAAGCUAGUAAGGAGGUCCUUGGGGAUAAAAAUGAAGUGAAGCGCAAGGAAUCGAAUCCUUCGGCAAUGCCGGAACAAAAAUUCUCUGUUACGGCUGAUGAGCCAUCCCCAAAAAAAACCUAUAAAACUGCAGAAAAGCCGAUCAAAAUGGUAUACCCAAGGCACAAAAAUAAUGUCCUCUCUACCCAUGGUAGAAAGAUACAUUUUAAAGUAGUAUCCAAUACUUCAAUAAAGCAUUCAGCUCCAGAAAAAGUAUCCAAUACUUCAGUAAAGCACCCAGAGCCACAGAAAGUAUCCAAUACUUCAGUGAAGAAAUCAAUUACGCCAAAAGAAUCCAAUACUUCAGUUAAGCAUCCAGCUCCAGAAAAAGUAUCCAAUACUUCAGUAAAGCACCCAGAGCCACAGAAAGUAUCCAAUACUUCAGUGAAGAAAUCAAUUACACCAAAAGAAUCCAAUACUUCAGUUAAGCAUGCAGCUCCAGAAAAAGUAUCCAAUACUUCAGUGAAGAAUCCUGUCCCAGAAAAAGUAUCCACUACUUCAUUGAAGAAAUCUGUCCCAGAAGACGAUGAUGAAUUCUUUGAUACAAAAUCGGGAGAUGUUUAUAUAACUCCAAGUGAAUCAAUGGAAGCUAUGGUGACAAUGGAGGAGUCAGAAGAGGAGGAUCCAAUGACCAUAUGCAAGCCAGAGAUACAAAUUCAGACUGUAUCAGUUUCCUGGGCUGCUAAAAUGGUACAGAAUGUUGCGGAUCUAAUAAAUAACAAUACUGCCUAUAGCGUACUACUAUUAUUUGGGAUUUCCUGCUACUUUUGGUUCAUCCUCUAUUUCGAUGUCAGCGAUUAUUUGAACGAGGAAUGGCGCUAUAUGUCGAAAAUGAAAAGAGCUGGGAUUCUAAUGAAAUGCUUCUACUACCUGAUGCGGAAGAUGCAUGUUCCAAUUUUCUGAUGCGGGUCGAGCGAAACUCAAAUAUUAAUCAAACAUUCUGCAUUUGAAUAAUAAAACGGUAGCAAUUCUAUUUUGUUCAGUUCAA